CUUUCACUAUAUAUGUAUGUGUACUUCAUGUUAUUAGUUUGUAAAAUCUUUCUAAAUAACUUCAAAGGAUACAAACUCAAAAAGGACCAAUCAAUGGCAUUAAUGAUGAAGAAUAAUCCAUACGAGUACACAAAGAUGGAGAAAGAAGAUGCCCAAGAUUUGAGUCACACAAGAGCUCAAUUUCUAAUCCAGAAGGUUCUGGAACGGGCAGACCAGAAGACAAGACAGCAGCAACGGAGGAAGAGAUCAUCUGGACCGUUGAUUAUGAUCAGAGUAGCUGGGUUAAGAAUGAGAGUUGGUAAGAAACUAAGAAAGCUGAGGAAGAACAAUACUUGUGUUUGCACCACUCUUAUCUCUCGUUUCCUCAAACUGUUUAAACGAUUUUGGUCAUCUUCUCCUUCUUCUCCAACAAUCUCUGAUCUUUCUCCUUUAUUCUCUCUUCAAGAUUGAUGAUUUGGAUUUGUUUUUUUUUAGUUGUAUUGCAUUCUCCUGUGCUUCCUACACGUCAAUUAAAAGCUAUAUAUGUGUCCUGAGAAAAGGCAAAUAGCUUUAUUAAUUUCGGUUUGAAAAAGAUAACCGGUUACU